AAUGGUUUAUCCUCUCCGAUUGUCAGUCACAAACAUUUUUUAAAGGGAUACUUGCAGAAAUACUAAACACUUUUAAGCCUAUAAAUCUAGUUCUUUCUGAACAAAGUCCAGUUUGUGACUUGUGAGUGUCCACAGAACGAAAGGAAGAAAAUGGGUAAAGGAGGGAAAUCUCAUGAAGAAGAAGAAAACAUGGCUGCUUGGCUAGUGGGUCUCAACACCCUCAAGAUUCAACCAUUCAAGCUCCCUCCUCUUGGACCCCAUGAUGUCAAAGUUAGGAUGAAAGCUGUUGGCAUAUGUGGAAGUGAUGUUCACUUCCUGAAGACAUUGAGAUUGGCCGAUUUUGUGGUGAAAGAACCAAUGGUGAUUGGGCAUGAGUGUGCGGGAAUCAUAGAGGAGGUUGGCAGUGAAGUCAAGAAUUUAGUGCCUGGAGACCGUGUGGCUUUGGAACCAGGGAUCAGUUGCUGGCGAUGUGAUCUUUGCAAGGAAGGUCGAUACAAUCUAUGCCCCGAAAUGAAGUUUUUUGCCACUCCACCAGUUCAUGGUUCUCUUGCCCAUCAGGUUGUGCAUCCGGCAUAUUUGUGUUUCAAACUGCCAGACAAUGUGAGCUUGGAAGAAGGGGCUAUGUGUGAGCCCUUGAGUGUAGGGGUUCAUGCCUGUCGCCGAGCUAAUAUUGGUCCAGAAACAAAUGUGUUGGUUAUGGGGGCAGGACCUAUAGGGCUUGUUACAAUGUUGGCAGCUCGGGCUUUUGGGGCGCCUAGAAUUGUCAUUGUAGAUGUGAAUGAUAAUCGACUAUCUGUUGCCAAGGAUCUUGGUGCUGAUGAGGUUGUUAAAGUAUCAACUAAUAUGCAGGACAUACCUGAAGAAGUUGAAAGAAUAUGUAAAGCAAUGGGAGCAGGAGUGGAUGUAAGCUUUGAUUGUGCGGGCUUAAACAAAACGAUGUCAACUGCACUGACUGCCACUAGUGCUGGUGGCAAGGUUUGCCUUGUGGGAAUGGGCCAUACGGAGAUGACUGUCCCACUCACUCCAGCUGCUACAAGGGAGGUUGAUGUUAUUGGAAUCUUCCGAUAUAAGAACACAUGGCCUUUGUGCCUUGAGUUUCUAAGAAGUGGUAAGAUUGAUGUGAAGCCUCUAAUAACCCACAGGUUUGGGUUUUCUCAGAAAGAGGUAGAAGAAGCUUUUGAAACCAGUGCUCGUGGUGGCAAUGCCAUUAAGGUCAUGUUUAAUCUGUGACUUCAUCAAGAUAAAAGAUACUUGUAUGUGAACAUUUAAGAUAGGUUGAGUGAAGAAAGACGUUUAUUCUAAUAAAAUAGUAUCGUAUGGAAAGUGGAAACUAACUACACAAUGGGCUUCUUUAAAUACUUUGCCGUAUAUGUAAUAAAUUUAAUGUUUUCGCAGAUUUUUCGUGAGACAUUUCUGAGCUACUUAGUUUGGCAUCUGGUGAACAACGGAUGAUCAUGAUAAUACUUUUGUUUUGUUUUGUUACACGGCUGUAUGAUUCAUUAUUAAUUUUGUUACUCAUUUUCUACUUUCAAAAGUACAGUUCAAAAGAUUUAUCUUUUGAUAUGAAAGCACAAGACAUCCACCAUAAAAACACAAAACAGAGAUUUGCUUC